AUGACUUACAUGAAGUUGCAAUGGCUGACCAUGGCGUGCGAUUUGGACGUGCGACUGCGACUACGACUGCCAGUCGCAGCGCCAUCAGUGGCGACAAAAAUGGUUCUCGCCAAGUCCCUGCAGGCGAAACCGUGGGUUGGACGUCAGAGCUGUGCCGGCGAAUGCUACGCCAAGCGGAAGCAGGCAUUGCAUCAGGAGCAGGCGACGAGCUGCAGGAUGGCUGGAGCUGCAGCAGCAGGCGGAAUCCCUGCAGUGCACGGUGGUGGACGAAUUGACCUUCGAGCUCCAGAACCUGCUGCAGCGCUACAGCACACGAGCCGCAGCAAGGUUCACUCCAGAGCGCCUCGAGUAGCAGCAGCAGCAGCAGCAGCAGCAGAAACGGCAAGUGGUGGUUCUGGAAGUGGGAUUGGUGGGAAUGGGGCACCCAAGCAUGCUGCUGACGUGGAACAUGGUACCAACGUGGACAUGCUGAUGCCUGAGCUUCUUCCGGAUAACGCACUGCGGUUAGCCGGGGAGAUUUGCAGCAGGAUGGUGGCAGCAGGGGGUGGCUCACAGCUCGUGGAGACGUACAGGAAAGUACGCAGCAACUUCCUGAAGCAGGCAGUUGAGUCACUGAACAGCCACCUGGUGAACGGCGUGGUGGCAGCAGCGUUGGACAGCAUGGGAUGGAGCGACUUGGAGGUCACUAGCAAGCAGUGGGCUCAGCACAUCCCAAGGUGGGGUGGUGCUACAGGCGCUCUAGGCGCUACAGCCACCCAGGGUGGUGCACCUGCUAGCCCAAGAUGGGGUGCUGCAGCUGCCCUGGGCGCUACAGCAGCGUUCAGCGCUACAGCUGCUGCUCUUGUGAGCCCGAGAGUGCGUGGGGCAGUCAGGGCGCUUACUCGCAGGGCUUCCGACGCGUCAGUGCUGGCCAAUAGCGACGCGCCAGGUGGCGGGAGCUCAGCAGCACCAGCUGGAGGGGGCGUGGACCCGAUCACAAGCUAUGUGUGUAACUUCAUACGAAGCUUCCUCUCCCCCUUGGGUCGUCGCAACUAUGCUGCUACAUUGGCGACUGCCUAUAGCAAUACAGCAGGAGAGAGAGGAGGGGAAGGGGUGUAUGAGGGCAUGCUGGGGGGAGGGAGUGAGAGAGUGAGUGUGGAGCUGCUGGUGGGUGUGCUGGUGGUCUCGUUGAGGGAGUAUGUGGAUAAAAAAGCAGCUUUUAUCGAGGAUGCAGCCAUGAGAGAGCUGUACCAGAUGAACAAUCUACACUACCUUAUGCAGUCCAUGAACUCGUGGGGAGGGUGGAGGCAAGGGGGACUUCAACAGGCCUUUGCUGAUGCCAAGGGGAACGGCAGGUUGGAUCUGGCUCUAGCCCUCUCCACGUUCAUCGAUGGGAGCAUCCUUCAGAAGCACGUAGCUGCCUUCCAGACCUGCGCCCUCAGCAAGGUGAUAGCAGCCAUGUCCGACCGCCCUCGCCCUCUUGACUUCGUCCCAGAGUGCACCAAGCCUGCGUCGUCCCUCUGGCCCUUCUCCCACUCAGACGGAGGUGAUCACGAGGUGCUGGCAAUGAGCGAGCUGCUCAGGCUAAGGGCGUUCAACAGGGCGAUGGAGGAGCUGGUGGAGGCACAGAAGCGGUGGGCCAUCCCCGAUGCUGCACUGCGACUGCGCGUCUGCACCGCCUGGGCGGCUUGCCUCAAGGACCGAUACCGCAAGCUGCUGCAGCCACGCUGGGAUGAUUUAAUCACAUCCAAACACUACAUGCAUACACCCGAGAGCUUGGAGUUGAUGAUUAUGGAAGAUUUUUUCAAUUAG